AUGGGACAGAGCUCAAAGGAUGACUCAGCCACCGCCGGCGAUGAUUCAUCCGCCGGCGACCUCCCCGAUUCCAAUUCAGGCCUCUUCUCUGAAGGCGAGAAAGUCCUCGCCUAUCACGAUUUCUUUUCAAUACAAGAAGUUAUGGUUGGUAGAUUUGUGAUCUUAGUGUGUGUUUUGACUGUUGAGAAAACUGGGGAAAAGAAGAGUAAAUUAUAG